AUGGCAGUCGAUGAUGAUGGCACAGACUUGGACGUCGCUUUAGAAGCUUUGAUGUUGGAGUUCGAAGUUGCUGCAGAGUUACCUGUGGUGCUGCCUAGCUGUGAUAGCCAGUUGGCACUGUUGCCUGUCGAAGAUCAAGCUGCAUCGCCGCCUCCCAGCCGGCGGCGGCGUCUCUCGAUUGAUUGGGCGACCAAGGUCUCCUCUUGGGUGCUUCCACCCGGCGCCAGCAGCGCGGUUUCUACUUUGACAAGUCGCCAAAAGUCUGCCUUUCGUGAUCAAUGGUGUGUCCGCCUGUUGCGCCGCAUGCCCCAUUUGAAAGCCCCCAGCUAUACUGACGGCCUUGCGCGAGCCAAAGAGUUGUGGCAGGAGCAGCCAUCUGAUCACAAAACCGGCUGGUUCUUGCACAUGGCAGAUAGCAGCCAUCCAGCACCGCCGUUCCCAGCAGAGAGCACGUUUGGUGACAGAUCUUGUGGCGCUAGCAGGCGUGGCGGGGGCACCGCUUCAUCUGCAGCAGGUCGUGCAACUUCUCAGAUGACGGAUGAACGGCUGCAUGGCUUUCUCUUGACUUACAAUGGCUCCUGGGGAGCUGGCACUCCAGAGGCGGAUGCUUUGGCCAUGAUGCAAGGCACCCACAAUGAAUUGGUUGCUGCAGUGCGACAGUCCGCCUUUUACGAAGCCUUGUGGCGUGAGUUUGUGACGGGACUGACUUUGAAAAGCAACCAGAAUUGGCCACAGCUUUCCUGCAAGAUGGAAUUGAGUUUGAAAAGAACAAAGCAACAGAAUUUGGUACAUUUUCAUGUGGCGCUGUCGAAUUUUGAGAAACCUCUGCGCCUUGGGGCUUUGCAGCUUUGGGAGUUUCGUGGGGCCUUGCCACAUGUACGUGGCACCAAAGGGCGGGGCAAAGCAUUGCAGCGGCAGCUCGAUGCAGCCCAUUAUUAUGUGCAAGCUCCAAAGUUUGGGUCGGUCUUCUGUGAGAGUACCUAUGUGCGGUUUCAAGACUUUCUCGUGGAAGCCACCUCCAUUAUGUCUUUGUGGCGUUUCUACAAGCUGUCUGACGAGGUUGCUAUUGAGGAGUUGUUGCGGGGCCGUGUUCGAGGCAUCCGGAACCACAUUGCCGAGAUUUCAUUUGUGCAGGAGCAACUGAAACAGAGGCGCGAGGCAGCCAUGCGAGAGGUCCUGGAAGUGCGUUUGUCCCAGUUGCAAAAGCCGGCACGUUGCUUGCCCGCAGUGACAGAGUGGCUGCAACUUUACACUGAUGGGUUUGGAUCUCGCUCCAGAUUUCCUUUCCUGGUUUUGCAUGGACCUUCGCAAUAUGGGAAGACGUCCUUUGCUGUGUCCAUCUUUGGACCAGCUGCCACGCUUGUUGUUAGCUGCCAAAACGUGCAGCAACCCAAUUUGACGCGAUCUGACAGAACUUUGCACAAGUGCCUCGUCUUCGACGAGUGUGAGCCAGAGCUGGUGCUCAAUAACCGGCAGCUCUUUCAAGCCGGCUCCACGCCGGUCAUGCUUGGACAGUCACCGACACAGCAACAUGCUUAUCAAAUCUUUGCGUAUGCUAUUCCCAUGAAUGUCUGCACCAAUAUUUGGUCGCGUGAAGCCGACCCGCCCCACCGCACCUCGCUUGUCUUCUACGUCGGCAUGCUCUUCUCCGCGGACACGUUCUUCUCCGUGGACCUGCUCUUCCGUGGACUUGCUCUUCGUCGUGGAGGUGCUCUUCGUGAAAUUUUGCCUGCCGCAUUGUCUUCGGGUUCCGGCAGAAGCAGCAAUGGUUUUGCAGUUUUGGAGGACUGCUACUGUGGGAUUGAAUUGCCGCCCGCGGGCAGUGCUGUGGGGGUGACGGUUGACCGACAAUUCUGUCCACUUUCUUUCAAGCCCAGUGGAAACUAA